GCUCUGCCAGAGGCUCCCUGGCAGGCUCGUACGCCGAGCAACGUACGUGAGCUUGAGGCUCAAUCAACGUUGAUUCGUGAGCGCCUCAAGAAGGGCGCUGAGGUGAUGAUGCUCUCAGCUGAGCUGAUGCGCGAUCAGAUCACUGGCCUUGAGAGAGCAAAUGAG